GCUUUCCCCUGGGACAUGGCAUCGCGGGGGGACACAGCGGGGCCCCCCCGGCACCCGGACACGGUGCGGGGACUCAGAGGGGGCCUCUUGGGUGCUGGGACACGGCACGGACCAUGCGGGAGCACAGCACAGCCCCCUGUGCAGGGGGACACGCUGUGGAAGAUGUGGCACAAGGACAUGCUAUGGUCUCCUUCCACAGCAUGGGGACAUAACAGAGCACCCUUCCCAGGGGUGUAGGGACACGACACCUCUGUGUGGACACAGAGCAUGCGGUUGCUUGGCCGCUUCACCAGACCCAUCCCCCUCCCAGCUGAGGCCGGACGAACUCAUUGUUGGGAUAACGGGGCUGGGCUGAGCCYGCUCCUUUUCUGGAAAUCCCCUGAGGGUGUCAUCAGGGAAGCCCUGGUAGCCCUGCCCCGAGCRGGACACAGGCACACACGGCUCCAAGACCAUCCACAGUCCUCUGGCCACUCGAGGCUCAGGCGGGCUGUCCCUUCCCCUCCGCCCCCGCAGCUUGGAGCGAGUGUCCCAUCCGGGGGCUGCAGCCUGGGCGCUCUCCUGCCYUGGGGCUGCAGCCGGGGCUGUCUUCCCCCAGAUCCCCUCCCGCAGUCCGGGGGUGUUGUGGCCCUGCACCCCUGUGAACACAUCGCUGCCAGCACCCUGUGACGGCCCCRGGACCUGCUGCCUCCCUGCCAGCAGCUGGAGAGGAGAAGCCAGAGGGGACUGCCGGGAAGGGGGACUAACCCCCCAUCCAUGGCAGGGAACAACUGCCCGGGGCUACCGGAGAGCAGCCCAGUGCCCGGAGCCUACACCUGUCCCUUGUCCCCACACCAUCCACGCCACUGCCCUGGAGGCUCCUGGUGAGCCCCAGCCAUGUAGGCGCAGCCUGGGGCUCCACUGACAGCCACCAUCAACAUGCAGCAGGGCUACGCUGCCGUCCUCUGUGUCCUGGCUGUGCUGGGGCUGGAGGCCGCGGCGCCGGGCGAAUGCGAGCUCACCCGCCUGCUCCAGGACAAGCUGCAGUACGAGAUGCGCCUGCAGUACAUGAAACACUACUUUCCUAUCAACUAUACAGUCCGGGUCCAGUACGAAGAGGUGCUGAGGCCGUCGAACAUCACCCGACUGCGCAACGGGACAGUGUCGGAGGCAGCACUGCGGUACCUCUGGUUCCAUGUCAGCUCCCAGGCAGUGCUGCGGAUCCGUGAGGUGCUGCCAGAGAAGCACCCAUCCUGGAAGUACACCCAGGAACUCUGCCAGCUCUUCGAUGCCCUGGGGGAGGAGUACAGCAAGUACCGGCAGACAGAUGUGGAAGCGGUGGUGGCCGACCUGGUGAAGCUGAUCCACAGCGCGGGCGCUGAGAGCCGGAGCAAGGCUGUGCGCCCCAAGGCACUGCUGGACAACUGCCUCAAGGUCAUGCGGAUGCUGUACGGGGUGCCCUGUCGGUGGGAGUCCACCUAAUGCUUCGACCCCUCACUUGACACCUCCUUGUCCUGGAACUUUGGAUGCUGCCUCUGCUCUGCUCCUCCCAGAGUCCCAUGGGGUGUUCUCAAGGAAGAUGCAAAGGUGGGACAAACGCCAGCCCUUCUGGGACCAAACACGACCCCUUCCAGGACCGUGGGACUGUUUAUGGCCAUGGCAUCCAAAACGUCUAGCACCUUCUGCAUGGGUGUGGGGUUGGACACUGCYCGGUGGCAAACACCUGUUGUGGGGACACGCAGCCCUCCCUGUCCAUGGGGCAGGUGAGGGCAUCACCCUGUUUCUCUUGAUUUGUAUUUUUCCCUCAGCUUUCAUUAAACACCAGUUAAUUCUCUAGCAUUGCAGCUCAGCUUCUGACUGGGUCCCGGGAGCCUCCAGCCUUACCCAAAAUAAAGGACCAGCAAAGAGAACCCCACUGCCUCCACUGYCUCCUCUUUUGGGGUGUCAGCCCCCUCUCUCGCUGCUGGG